AGCUGCAAAUUCCUAGCCAGAGACGAAAAUGCUUCAGGAAAUCAUCAGUCCCUUCGAGACCGAUCGACUCGUUGCUCUGAAACCCAUCUGCGACCAUCUUUUUGAAGAUGAUGAUGAUCGUGUCAACCCAACAUUUUAUGCACCAGCUCCUGCAAACACCUACUCAUGGAGUUCAAGCUUCAGCGAUCUCUUGCUGACGGAGAGCUGGAGCGAACUGGCCCUAAAAGUCGACGACUCGGAGGACAUGUUGGUGUACGGCGCUAUGUGCGACGUGCUCAAUUCCAGGUGGACAACGCCUUCGGCUUCGAAUCAAGAACUUGAUUUUGAAGUGACGACCAUUGGUUAUGACAUUACUGGUCUGGCUUCGAAUCGAGGAAUAGAUUUCGAAGUGACGACCUUCGAUUCUAACAGCAUUGAUUCGGCGACCGAGAAGAAACCAGAGAUGGUGGAGCAGGAGGUACGGGUGCCGGUCAAGAAGACACACUAUAAAGGAGUGAGGAGGCGGCCGUGGGGAAAGUACGCGGCGGAGAUAAGGGACCCCAAGAAGAACGGCGCAAGGAUUUGGCUCGGGACUUACGAGACGCCUGAGGACGCGGCAUUGGCGUAUGACCGGGCAGCUUUUAAGAUGAGGGGGUCCAAGGCAAAGGUUAACUUCCCUCACCUCAUCGGCUCGACCGAGCACGAGCCUGUCAGGGUCAGGCGCAAGCGUUUGUCUGCCGAGCCUAGCUCGCCAUCCGCAUCCAGCGAUGACGGCUCGGUGACGGGGACGAAGAGGAGAAAGAGAGAGGCCAAUGUGGAUGCAGAGCUGGAUUUUGGAACUCCAAUGCCCUUUCCCAUAUUGGAAAUGGGUUUUCGUAGUGGGGAUGAACAAUUUUUACUUUGAUCAUGCAAACUUCAAAGACAUUGCUCUGAAUCUUUUGAUCAAUGAGAAGUCAAUCGGGCGACGUAUGUUGUAGAAACUAUCAAUU